ACCUCCAAACCCCUUUUUAUAAACCACCAAACAAAUCGUUCUAAAUCAACACACAUUUUGAUUUUGUUAUGCGACAUGAAGUACUUCUGCGCUAUAUUCGUGUUGCUCAUCGUUCUUGGACUCAGUGCUACCGACGGCUACGAUUGCAAGAUCGUCCAGUUUAUAUUUGGGGACUCCUUGUCUGAUGUAGGCAACAAUAGGAACCUACCAAGGAGCUUAGCCCAGGCGAAUCUACCAUUUUACGGUAUAGAUUUUGGCAAUGGUUUGCCUAAUGGAAGGUUCACUAAUGGCCGAACUGUUUCAGACAUUAUAGGUGAUAAAAUUGGGUUACCAAGACCAGUAGCCUUUUUGGAUCCAUCAAUGAAUGAAGAUGUAAUACUUGAAAAUGGAGUGAACUAUGCUUCAGGAGGUGGUGGAAUCUUGAAUGAAACUGGUGGUUAUUUCAUACAAAGAUUUUCUCUAUGGAAGCAAAUAGAGUUAUUCCAAGGGACACAAGAUGUGAUUGUAGCAAAGAUAGGGAAAAAAGAAGCAGACAAAUUCUUCCAACAAGCUCGAUACGUCGUCGCUUUAGGCAGCAAUGACUUCAUUAACAACUACUUGAUGCCUGUCUAUGGGGAUUCUUGGAAGUACAAUGAUCAAACAUUCGUCGACUACUUAAUGGAAACACUUGAUUCUCAACUCAGGGUGUUGCACAGUUUGGGAGCGAGGAAGCUAAUGGUGUUUGGUUUAGGACCAAUGGGUUGUAUCCCACUUCAAAGAGCUUUAAGCCUCGAUGGUCAAUGUCAAAACAAGGCUAGUAAUCUUGCUAAGAGAUUCAACAAAGCUGCGGCCACAAUGCUCCAAGAUCUCGAAACCAAACUCCCAAAUGCAAGUUACAAGUUUGGUGAAGCCUAUGACCUUGUCAACGACGUCAUUACUAACCCACAGAAAUACGGAUUCGAUAACUCGGAUUCGCCGUGUUGCUCGUUCUACAAAAUCCGGCCGGCGCUGACAUGUAUUCCGGCGUCGACCUUGUGUAAAGACAGAAGUAAGUAUGUGUUUUGGGACGAGUAUCAUCCGACCGAUAAGGCCAACGAGCUAGUUGCUAAUAUUCUUAUCAAAAGGUUUGAUUUCAUGCGUGCCGAUGACGGUACUUCCACCGCUCCUGCUCCUUCCCCAGACGAUAAUUAACUGAUCGACGUCUUAAUUAUAUGCAAUUUUCGGUUUAUUUUUUAUUUUGUUCAUCAUGUUGUGGAGAGUCCUCGUUUCUCCUAAAUUUUUAAUUACAAUUAUUGUUUUGUGAAAUAAUGUUUUGUUUCUGUAAUAUCUUCAUAUUUUGUUGUGUGUCUUAUAAUAGCAAAGAUAUCAUCAUAUGUUGAGGUUGUUGUUGUGUC